AGGAUCUCAAGGACCUCUGGUUUUCGUUGUGACUCCACCAGGUUCUUAACAAAUGCUGCGUGUCCCUUUGCUUUUGCUUCUGGUUUGUCCUGCUGCAGCCUACAUCCGGAUCGCGACAGCUGUCGGUGGGGAUGUGGUGAAGGGUGCAGGCGACUUGACAAAAGGUGGCAAAGUUGGUCUCUAUACCGUCUUGCUCCAGGUGCUCAACCCAAAUUUUGGUACGCUGAAGCAGAUGUUGGAAUGCUGCGGCAAAUCACGGGAUUAUGCAGGAAAAAUGGCUACCCUUUUGAACACCAAUAGCAUUCAGGGAGAUGACAUUGAAGGGCAAGUCAGAGACAUGGCCGUGGGUGACGGGAAGUGUAGCGAUCCUGGACUUGGCGCUUUGAUGAAAGAGGGAGACCCUACCUGUUCCUACCUCUACAGUUUCGAGAACAAAGAUCAACGUAGCUUCAGUUCCAGCGCCAUGUGCGUUCCCUCGGACGUGUGUUCCGUGGACGUCGUUGGCGCCACGAAGGGUCUGAAGGUGGGCUACAGUGUGGUGCUGCAAAUAUUGAAUCGCAACUACGGUGAUUUAGAAUAUGCAGGCGAAGGACCUCUGAGUAGCUGCUAUGAUGGAAUGAACAUGGUGAACUUGGCCAACACGUCGUUCAGAAAGGUGAAAGAGAGCUUCGCAGAGAUAGGUGGGAUCAAGAUCCCCACAGGCAAAAAGGCAGAGUUCUCCUUUGAGAACAUGCAGAGACUUGGCUUGUUGAAGAUGUUGGGCAAGUGCGAGCCGCGGGCUGACACUGGAAUUCUCUAUGUCUUCAAAAACAAGUUCUGGUCCAACGGUCAAAAUGCCUUGAACAUCACGCAUUUCGACUGGAAGCUUGCCAAGAAGCAGGCUCAAGAGGUGAAAGCCAAAGACCAGUCAGUCCACGUGCAGCUGCAAAUGGGACAGGAUGAGCCGGUGGUGACCGUGGAGAAAUCCAAGAAAAUGACUGAAGAAACACCUGAAGAAGAGAUGCAAGAAAAGAUAUCAGAAAUUUCCACAAUUGCGAAAGUGACCAAGGAAAAGACUGCAGGUGUGGCAGAAGACGACAAAAUGAAAGUAGCGAAGGCUGCCAUCGCUGCAGCUGAGAAAAAGAUAGCACAAAAGAAAGAUGAGAAAGCAUCUGCCAAGCUUGAGGGUGGCCUCUCAGUUGCAGCUGACAUUGCUGUGGCUACCCCUGCAGGCGCUGCUGCAGCAAUGCAGCAUCCGCUGGCCGCCGAACCUCUGGCAGCAACAGCACCACUGGCACCAGUACCAGUGGCAACAGUGGCACCAGUGGCAGUGGCAACAGUGGCGCCAGUCGCAGUGGCAACAGUGGCACCAGUGGCAACAGUGGCACCAGUGGCAUUGCCAGCAAUGGCACCACCACCACUGCUGUCACCCGCACCAGCGACACCAGCCCUACCAGCUACCCCAGCAGCACCCGUGGAGGCCGUUGAGCCCAAGGCAGCCGAGCCUGAGGCAGAGGCCCCUAAACCUGAGGCUAAGGACGCUGCUGCAGGUGAGGCGGCUGAACCCGAGGCAGAUCCUGAUGCUGCCCCUCCUACCCCAGCAGCACCAGAACCCACCGAGGAUUUGGCAGCCGCGCCGCCCAGACCGCAGGCUCCACAGCCGGACGUGGAUGGGACAGAUGCUACCCUGCGAAUGGCCGAGGAUGAGGAGGUGGACAAUCUUGAGAGAAGUGCCGAGAUCUUCGCAGAGCAGCAGCUUGCCAAGCGACGACUCGAUGUUCUCAUUCUGUAA